UUUUCUGCGAGUCAUUAGUCUGUGCCGCGUGUUCUCGGAACUCGGGAGUAAACUUGUGCAGUUUGUGUGGAAGUGGAUAUUUAAUUGGUGGUUUUCGGCAGUUAUAGUGUGGAGUGAUACAUCGAAACUGUUGUUAAAUAUGUGGAGUGGGUCCCUUUUCAAAUAAAGUAAUGUUUGUUUGUUUUAAAUUGUUACUUAUACAUCGUUCUACUGUUAGCCAUAACGUUUGUAAGCACGUGAAUAGUUAAUCGAACUGUAGUGUGACAGCGAUCGAAAUUUGUUCCUACCAGACGAUCUUCUGAUAGUCUCUUACACAUACUGCUUUGGAUCUUGGAAUGAUACGGAAAUAGAUGGAUACCUCAACGUUUUUCUACAAAAGUCUAGGAACUGAAGUUAUAAGAUGUAGAAGAAUGAGGAGAAUAAGCAAGGGACUUCCGUGUGAAGUCUCACAGUUCUGUCACCAGAGGUCUCUGAAUUACAGCCAUGAAAAUGGCGAAGUGCGAGGAGGAGAUUUCAGUGUGGAAUAAACAGCAUGCAGUGAUCUAGUUUCUGACUGCAGAAAACGUCCCAUUUCGAAGAAUUCUUCCUGACAUUGAUGGACGUCUUGGAGCGGCACUAUUUUCAUACUUUCCGCGCGCGAACAGGGAGAACCGGAAGGGAUCUACUAAUCCCGCUUUCAGCUUGUUGAUUGAUCUUUUGUUGCUUUGAGAAUGGGAACAGGGGCCGAGCCAGACAAAGAAGAAACACUCGGGGGAAGAAUAAUGUUAAGUAAUAGAAGUGUGCAGUAACCACAAUAUUGACCAGGAAAUAAGACAGCUACUCGACAAAAUUGUACGACACGGUGUGAUUGUAUGUGAGAACAAGAUUGCUACGUCACGACCCGAUGCUUUGGUGAAGCUUUUGUUGGCCCAGAUGGGAGAGGUGUCAGAUCCUGAGCAGCAGUACAGUCUGCGCUGGAAUGAUUUCCAUGCCAGCAUUCUCUCAUCCUUCAGGCAUCUACGUGAUGAGGAAGACUUCGUGGAUGUUACUUUGGCCUGUGAUGGUUGUUCCUUCACUGCCCACAAGGUGGUACUCUCUGCCUGCAGUCCAUACUUUCGAAGACUUCUCAAGGCAAAUCCUUGCCAACAUCCUAUUGUGAUUUUGCGCGAUGUCAGAGAAAAGGACAUGGAAUCACUCCUGCGCUUUAUGUACAAUGGUGAAGUUCAUAUUGGCCAGGAGCAACUGUCUGACUUCCUGAAAACAGCGCAAAUGCUGCAGGUUCGAGGGCUUGCUGAUGUCCCCACCAAAGACAACCAAAAAAUUCCACCUACCUCAAAUUCACUGCCCUGGUCACAGUCAGGGGAGCUGAGAGAUCAAUUUUCAGAGGAUCCUCUUUCACCACCUCGAAAACGAAGCCGAAACAAUGAGCACCGCUUUUCACCAUCCCCAGCUUCGUCUGCAACUAACAAUAACAACAAUGGUGAUCCAUUAAUGAGAGAGACGUUAUUGGGACAGGCAUUAGAGGGAGGACCAACAAUUCAUACAGGCAGCACCUCCCAUCAGAACAAAGGCAACUCAGACUCUUCACUACAAGCCCAGUCAACAGGCGAGGACAGCAACUCGAGUGAUACAAACUCAGAACGCGGUCCACCCAUCGGAGACCUGAUUAGACCCAAGUUAGAGCCUAAUGAUUAUAGCUCCGUGGAUGACAACCAUCACCAUCAUGGCAAUGGCAAUCUGGGACUAGAUCCAACACGUACUCCACCCUUCCCUGCUGCCGCAUUGCUUGGACUUCAAAAUAUUCCUGGAUUGCUACCUGGACCCUCAGGACUGCAUAACAAUAGUCAAGAUGCCAAUUUUGUAUCUCGACGUGGGCUGGAUGUGAUGCGGGUUCGUGCCACCGAUCCUCGUCCUUGUCCUAAGUGUGGAAAGAUUUACCGUUCGGCACACACCCUGCGCACACAUUUGGAGGAUAAGCAUACUGUGUGCCCAGGGUAUCGCUGUGUUCUGUGUGGUACAGUGGCAAAGUCUCGCAACUCGCUUCAUUCUCACAUGAGCCGACAGCAUCGUGGCAUCAGCACAAAAGAUCUGCCAGUUUUACCGAUGCCAUCACCAUUUGACCCAGAUCUGGCAUCUCGGCUUCUGGCAAAGGCAGGUGUCAAAGUUUCAGCCGCCGAAUUGCGCGCUCGAGCAUCGCCUACAGGCCCUCGCCGUCCUGAUGUGCGCCUAGAGGUGAAGUCAAACCACAUAGGUGCACCAUCAGAAGCCGGAAGCAGCCUGUAUGGUGGUGAUGAUCCUGAGGACCUCACAGUUGCCAACUCAAGGUUUGGUCCCUUAUCUCCACCACCACCCACCGUCCACAAUUCUGCUGCUGUCAUCACCAAGGUAGGUUCCAAACAUCACCACGGAAUCCCAGUUACCUCUGCUGGCAAGUCCAUAGACUCAAUUGCACACAAUCUGGUGGUUGGUGGUGGCAGCAGAAUGGGAGAAUCGAACCGUGUACCACCUCCUCCUCCUCCUCCACCUCUGCCUGCACCAACAGGAUCCUGUAUGGGCAGUGCCAUCCUGGACACGUACCUUCAGUUUAUAGCAGAAAACUCCAGCAACAGCUUAGGGCUCGGUUUGAGCAGCAAGCAUGCAGCAGUUGCAGCAGUGGCAGCAGCAAUGAAUGAGGGAGACAACAGUAAGUUGGGAGAGAGGGAGGAAAAUGAGAUUGGAGAGGUUGAGGAUAGAGGUGCAGAUGAGGAAAUAGAGGAACUGGAAUCCUCAGCAGGAGAAGAGGAGGAUGAAUACAGUGAGGAGGAACAGGAAGUCAUCAAAGCAGAGUGAAAAUAUCGCCCUUCGGCCAAGCCGCACAUGAAUUCCAUCCAACUACCUCACAUUGGAAUAGUAGCCCAUACUGAUGAUGGUUCCAUUCCAAGAAAGGAGGGAACCCUUAGCCAAGCAAUUCAUGCCAAAAGGAAAUGAACACAGGACAAGAAUAUUUGUGUAAGCAAAUUUACUUCCUGUAUUAUUCCUAGUUUCUUUUAUUUAUUUUUUUUAACAGUACAGCCUCAUUUAUGGGAAUGUUGAGUAAUGUAGGAGAAAAACAAAUGUAACAUAUAUGACUGAAUGAAAUUCCAUCCUUCUACCUCAAAUCAGUUAUGUUGAAAUAUCAGAAGGGGUUUCCUCCCAUUCAUUUAAUAAGUGAAUUUUAAAAAGAGAAUAUGUAAAACAGUCUCCAUCCAGUAAUUCCCCACAUAGUGGAAUCACAGUUAAAAGAAAUCAGGGGUAUGUAUACGGUUAAAAAAUUGGCUUCGCGUGUUAGGUACUGUAUAUAUAUGUGGUGCUUCAACUCUCCUUGAGGUUGCAAAAGCAGGAAAUUUUAUUGUUUGUAUUAGGAGGGAGCUAUCAAAAGAUGCGUCAUUUCAUCUGAUAAUAAAGUAAAGGAAUUUUAAAUUUGUUAUUUGCAAAAAGAAAUGACAGUUGAAUGAGGUUGAAGUAAUAGAACUAUGUAUCUAAGCCAGAUGACUGUUCAUUUAAAAACCAUUGACAUAUUUUCCAGUGUUCUUGGAAGUUUUGUGUGAAAUUUACUAAAAUAAUGUUAUGUAAAUAAAUUUUACAAAAUCACAUUACUGGUAUGAGGUAUUGUGGACUAGGAUAGUAAGAGUAAUAAUUGUGUAGACAUCAUAGAUGUUCUGAAUCCACUGUGCAUCAGAUAGAAUGAUGAAGAUUACACUUUUUAUUUCUUACUUGCUGCAGUUAUAUUGCUUCCAAGGACACUGAUUAAGACAGUGAAAAAUAAGAGUGGAUGUGAUUAUUUGUACUGGUGAUUAUUGUAUGAUAAUGGAGUUAACUAAAAUUUUGCAUGACACAUGGUGACAUUACCCUGCAGAGGUUCCUAACAGAUAAACAUUUAAUAUACAUGAUUACUUAAUGUUGAGGGUUCCUGCUCGCAAAUGUGACUGUGUAGCACAAUAAAGGCAACAGUCCUCUGCAGAAAAAGAGAGAGAUGGACUAUAAUAUUGCAGAAUCGUUCCUAAAUCAAAGUCCAGUCAGGAUUUUAGCUCACAUUUUCUUUUAAACUAGCUAGUCCUGAUAUGCUAGCAUAGUUUGAGUGACUAAACUCUCAUCCUGUUUCAUUCAUUUAUGAAUAAACAAUAGAUGUGCUUCAGAAGGUAGAUACAUUAUGGGCAGGAUAGUAGAAUAUUUUUCAUAAACAUUAUUACUAAAGGAUUUUUGUGAUAGGCAAGUAACUUUAGUUUAUUGCUAAUGCAGUAGGAUGGAUGCAUAUUGCUUUACAUACGUUUAUGUAUCGUAUUUGAGGAAACACUCUUGGCUUUAGUACAAUACUACUCUGUCAGAGUAGAAAAUGGAAUAUGGGUCUGUAAUGAUGAACUAGAUUAUCAGCAACCCAGUGCUGUGCAAUGUGGACUGAUUUGUUGCAUACCUAUCGAGGCAUGAAAAUGUGGCUUCCAAGAAAGCUUAUAGCAGUCUGUUAAUACCUCUUACAAGUGGAAUUUUUAACUUACCUCAUUUUGCUUGUCAGACCUUAAAAGAUGAUGAAGAUGCAGUAUAUAAAUACAUAGUCUUGGGAGUUUUAAUUUUGUCUAAAAGUUUUAUAAAGUACAAAGUCUCUGGGAAUAAAUACAGGUGCUGUUCAUUUUAGGUAUUCUCUCACAGGAGUAUCUGAGCAUGGCACGCCACCAUCUUACCUCAUAGUUCACACAAUACCUCAGUGCAGUAUAUAAUUAUUCACGCAAAUCUACCAUUGUUGGGGGUUUGCCUUACACUCCUCAGGAACACGCGCAUAACUGAGUAAACUAAGGCAUUUGGACACACAGUCAUAUCAUCCAUUUUGUGCCAUUGUAUUAUUUUUAUUUUUUACGAGAAUCAUUAUAUGUCACAACAGAGCAUUGGAGAACACUUCUGGUAUGAGAUAUAGUCAUACUCCAGUCUUUGUGUCAUCAGGAUUGAACUUCAAAAGUGAUAAUAGAAUGAUGUAUAAGCAGGCAUACUGCAGUAACUUUGAUAUGUUUGUUUAUUGAUAUAUUUUAAUUCAGUGUAAGAGUUUUGGAGAUAACAUACAAUAAUAUAUACUUGUGGAUCAUGGUAUUCUGGAUUGUGACAGAUGGAGGUCAUAUAUUCCUUCAUAAUGUUGGUAUCACCAACAAGACUACUUGGCAGCAUCACAACCCAGAAGACGGUGACCCACAUAUUCAUCGCUGUCAAGAACUUGAAAUCUCGUGUAAUAUUUAGUUGAUGUGAGAAGUUUCUUGACAAGUUCUGUGACUAGAGAUUAAGUAGUAUGGUAUUAGUUGGCACAUCAUGCACAUAAAAGCUGCAUACACACAUAUAUGUACAUAAUUAUAUGCCCUCACAUACAUGAAUUGUGAAGUUCAUGUAAUUAAUUAUCUUCCAGUUGGUAUUAUAAUAGGUCUGUUACAUAACUUCCAUAAUACUACUUUUCAGUAGAUCUUCCAUUGUUGUAUACAACUAAACAUAAUUACUCAAUGUUUUCAGGUAUUUUUUUAUUGUUUUCAUGAUUUCUGUUUUUGACGCAGAAGUUCACUUCCUGUAGUACUUAUUUUUAUACCUCGCUUAAUAUUAACAUGGUUUAAGGGCUGUUAUGUGACUUCUCCUUCCGUUAUCAUUCAGUCCUGAUGGUCUGUUCACAUCAAGCUCUGGGACAAUCAACCCCCCAACUUUGAAGUUCAACAUAACAGAUAGUUUUAAUGCAGAUAAUUGUUAUGUAUGAAGUUAAAUGCUGAAAAAUGACUCCCUUGUAUGAUUAAUGUAUAGAUCGGUGUGAACAGUCUUGUAUUAUUAUUAUUAUUAUUAUUAUUAUUAUUAUUAUACCACUAUUGUUAUUAUGGUUACUAGUAUUAUAACUACAGCUGUCAUCACCACCACUGUCAUCAUUAUCAUUAUUUAGACAGAAUGUAGAUGCAGAUGGAUUUUGAAACAAGUUUACCCUGAAAAUUUUAUUGUUAACCCUGUCUUUUAUUAUUGUUUCUGAAUUGUUGUUUUGGUCUGUUCUGAUGCUGAUAUUUUUAUCUGAUUUUGAAAAGUAUUAUAUCAGCUUGGAAUCCAGUGAAAGAAAAUGUUGAAACAAAGUCUUGUGUAAUGCUGUUUGGGGAAAGUCUGGCUUUCUAGAGAUUCACUGCAGUGCACAAGCCACCUGAACAGUGUGUCUAAAUAUAUAGGAAGUUGUAUCUGACAUGAACACUAACAGGUGGAGACAACGCAGUGUGGAUAUGUGUUAGUUGUUACUGCAGUUUUCAUUAACUUCUCAUGAAGUCAGACAUGACAGUUAAAAAUAAGAAUAUUACUCUGAAGUUGUAAUGAGUGUCAUCACAUUAGAGAUUAAGAUAAUUAGGCGUGCUUUUUACUGUUCCGUGAAAAAGUAAUGUAAAAAUUAUAAAAAAGAAAGGUGCUUUUAUCUUUUUUUCUUCUUAUUGCUUGUAUAGUUUCUUUUUCUUUUUAAAGCAAAUUUAGAUUAAAUUGUAAAUAACAAUUAUGAAUGAUAGUCUGAAGAAAAGGUAAAGAUUCUUUAGCUAUUUGAAUUUAUAGAUUUGAUUAUAUAUUAGAUAGCUUUGUUGGAAAAUUUCAGGAUUAUAUAUAUAUAUGAUAAUAGUAUGAGAAAUUGGUACUAACCAAACCAUCAUAUUGUUUUGUCAGUGUGAUAAUUGAUCGUAGCCUCUGACUGUUUCCCAGUUGAUCCUCCCGGUACUCUUGAGUCAUAUUGGACUAGCUUGGUUCAGCUUCCCUCCAGUUUUAACCUAGUUAUUUAGUUUUAUAUAGUAAUAUUAUCGUUCCAUUUGUUGACCGCUGCGUGGCGCGGUGCAUUACAAAAUGAGACAUGACCAUGCGGUUUGAUGGUCACUCACCGCAUGACACGUAACGUACUGAAGACUAGCUUUCUGUCGUCCACAGAAGCAACAAUACUACUCAUACUACCUCAUUACAAUGGUUUAUUGUAAAUUAAGUGUACCCUAGAAAUAAGUGUAUGUUAGUUACUAGGUUAUACAAUAAUACUAGAAGAAACAAAAAAUCAGCAAAUUGUUGUGCUGUGUAUGAUAACUGUAGUACAACAAACAACUACUUAAUGUAUGGCAAGAAUAACAAGAUGUGUUGUUAGUUUUAUAAAUGGAUUUUUUUAAAAUUCUUUUGUGACCAGUGUUGAUGUCUGGACUGAAAGAUUUGUACUACAUUUCUCGAGUUAAAUGUUGUUAGGAAUGUGGAUAUUAAGUCAGCCAGAAUCAGAAUUUGAAUUUUUAUAUUUUGUUUUAUGCAUGUUUAAUCUUCAUUGUAGUACUUUUUUAAAGGGAAAGAAAUUAUUUCAUUUUGUUUUAUGUCAGUUUUCUGGUAUAUUAUUAGAUAUAUAAAAAUUAUAAAUUAUGUAUUGAAACAUAAAUAGAAACCUCAACUUUUUUGGUGUAAAUUGUAGAAAGUGAGGUCUGUGUUUUACAUGUUUGCGAGCUUAUAUAAACAGUGAAGAGAAAUAGUGUUUGUAUUCAGUGCCAUAUUUACAGAGAAGGAAUUUUGUUUGUUUUUGUUUUUACUUUUUUUUAAUUACCGAGGGCUCGGCAGGCAAAACAAUGUGGUUCCUAAGUGUAGAGUACAGUUCCUCAACAAUGGUAAAGAUGGCAUCUGUGUUCCAUUUAUAAUAGUGAUAAGAUCAUAAUGCUACAGCUAACAAAAUUGUGGGGCAUGCAUUAAACAUGUUAAAUACAAGCAGUUAAGGUGGUAAAUGAAAUUCCAUUUGUUGUUGCAUUACCACACUGAGUAUUCAGUUAAAAAAUGAAAGCAUGUGUUGUAGACAUUGUUGCAUAUCCUUUAUAUUGUAGCUCAGUUUUAAGAUCAAGUUAUCUGUCUUUAAUUAAACUCAAAUUGUAGGGAUAAAUAGUACUCGCAGAUUACCUUGCAGAAAUAUUUGCUCUUCUGGUUUUCUUAAUCUAAAUUUGAAAUUUUUUUAUGCAACUUCAUAAUUUUGACAAAAACUUUUGAAGAGAAUCUUGACAGGUAGUUCUCCCCUGUUCUCAAGAUAUUUAUGAAUUAAUUUCACAUUUUGUAUUAUGUAUUACAAAUAUGAGUUUGUCAUUUAUUAAUAUUGGCGCAUAAUACGCGAUUUACAGGUUAAAACUGACAUGCAUGCCUCAGAUAACUAGCUGAUUUUUGUAAUGCAUUUUAGUUUGAGGGCUUUUUAUUCCCUUGUAUGGAGAGGUUAGCUUAUUGUUGAGGGACUUUGUGCCUUCUUUGUACAGCAUGAUAUGAUUAAAAUGAUAUUAGAGCACGUGUCAAAUAGAGUAAAAGGCAGCCAGCACAAAUUUGGUUGGCUGUUUUUUCAGGUGUUCACAGUUCCUAUCUUGCUCCCUAAUAAAGAAGAAAUAAUAAAAGAACUUUUUAUAGGUUAGAAAAAGUAGGAGAAAUUACACACAUACGCAUUAUUACAUAUUUUGCUGUAGAAGCAUGAGAAAUGCAUACAUAGUAGAUGUGAAAAAUCAAGGAAAGAGGCAAUCAAUUUGGUUAGUAGUUUUAACUUCUUUUUAUAUGUAUGUUUAAUUAUUCCUUAUGUUUAGUUGAUCAUUUAUGAUGAAGUUUUUCAGUUUCUUCCCAUUUAAAGUUAAGAAAGGUAGACUUUCACAACACGGAGCUCUGCAUAAUGGAGGGAAACAUGAAAUAUAUCUCAUUGUAGACAGCUACACACAUCCCACUUAUUUACCUUACAUUACACACAGGUUAUUAACUCAGGUAAAAUAUUGAUUGUAAUAGAAACAGUAUUUUUGUUACUUCUUUUGUAACAUUUACCCAGUGGUUUUUUAUAUCUCUCACACACUGAAUGUAUAUAGAUUGUCCGCUCAGGAUUGUGCUUUUUCUCAGUGUCUUUCAAGGUCAGUCUGUCUAUAAUUAGUGCACGUAAGAUACUGGCCUUGACAGACAUAAGUCUCUACAAGAAUUUAACAAACUUCCUCCCUGUUGCUAGUCCGUGUUGUGAGGUGAACAAGCUCUGACAACUGUGGGAGUUCAGAACCUCCGCAGACACAAUAUGCUAUUCUUCAGAAUCUGUAAUUAAGAAUUAUUAUAUAUAAAUAUGAUAUAUGUAUACAAUGAA